GCUGAGAUUGAUAAACAAUCCGUCACUGUUAAAACCAUGUUAGAAGAUUUGGGUAUGGAUGAGGAUGAAGAUGAACCUGUUCCACAACCUAAUGUUAAUGCUGCUACAUUAAAGAAGGUACUUCAUUGGUGUACCUUCCAUCGGGAUGACCCUCCACCACCUGAAGAUGAUGAAAACAAAAAAAAAAGAACAGAUGAUGUUUGCUCCUGGGAUACAGAAUUUCUUAAAGUUGACCAGGGCACCUUGUUUGAGUUGAUUUUGGCUGCCAACUACUUAGAUAUCAAAGGCUUGCUUGAUGUAAUAAACUAUUAG